GCCUAAUCGCCCGCCUUCCACCUCCUUCCCUCUCUUGCCGUGCUACUUAAGAUCAUCUUCCACUCUUCAACCUUACUUCUUUCUCAUCACAUCAACCCCAAACCCUGGAGACCUUUUGGAAUCUCUAAACCUCACUCCAUCAUCAUCUUCAUCAUCUCUUUCAUACUACUAAACUCAAACUCUCAUUCAUCUCAACCGCCAACAUGCAGAUCUUCGUCAAGACCUUGACCGGAAAGACCAUCACCCUUGAGGUGGAGUCCAGCGACACCAUUGACAAUGUCAAGUCCAAGAUCCAGGAUAAGGAAGGCAUUCCUCCUGAUCAACAGCGUCUCAUCUUCGCUGGAAAGCAACUUGAAGACGGUCGCACCCUGAGUGACUACAACAUCCAGAAGGAAUCCACUCUCCAUCUCGUCCUCCGCCUCCGUGGUGGUAUGCAAAUCUUCGUCAAGACCCUCACAGGCAAGACAAUCACUCUAGAAGUCGAGUCAUCCGACACCAUCGACAAUGUCAAGUCAAAGAUCCAAGAUAAAGAGGGUAUUCCUCCAGACCAACAGCGAUUGAUCUUCGCCGGUAAACAGUUGGAAGAUGGUCGGACUCUGUCAGACUACAACAUUCAGAAGGAGUCUACUCUUCAUCUCGUGCUCAGACUGCGAGGUGGUAUGCAGAUCUUCGUCAAAACCCUGACUGGCAAGACUAUUACUCUAGAAGUCGAAUCGUCCGACACCAUCGACAACGUCAAGUCAAAGAUCCAAGACAAAGAGGGUAUCCCACCUGAUCAGCAGCGAUUGAUCUUUGCAGGCAAACAAUUGGAAGAUGGUCGAACUCUUUCCGACUACAACAUCCAAAAGGAGAGCACCCUGCAUUUGGUGUUGAGACUGCGUGGUGGUCAGUAAAUGCCACUUACACAGUAGCGACUUUAUGACACAUUGAACGAGGCGUUUCACAUAUGACGGGGUUAGGGGCUCAUGCUUGGAUGGUGUUCGCCAUAUCAUGCAUUGCAGCAACGUCGCCACUUGGUGAAUUUGGCGAUACCAACCAUUAGAGCUGUAGAUUCAAAAUGAUAUGAU